AUUCACUUUUCCUUCAUUAUUUUUCCUUCCAUUUUCCUUUCACAAACAAACCUGCUAUUCUCUCUCUCUUCCCUGUCUCUUUCCUUUCUCUCCCUUCUCUUAAAAGAAGAAAGAAAAGAAAGAGAUAGAAGAGAAGCAGAGAAUCAGCAGCAGAAUAUACCUGCAACUCAACCAAAUUACCAAUCAUUUCAUUCAUCUCACAAAUCAUCACAUAAUUUCAGCCAACCCUAAUUCCCAAAUUCCCUCAUUUUCUUCCCAAAUUCCCUCCUUCCUAAACACCCCAGUUAUAAAUUCCGUUUCUUCUUCAUCAAUUUGGUGUUGUCUGGAUAAAAUUUUCAAUUUUUCGUGACCCAGAACAAAUUUUUGAGUAUUUUAUUUCAUUCUGUGGGUUGUGCUUCAGAAAUUUAGACAAAUUUCGUUGAUUUUUCUGCUGGAGAAUCAUGCCGCCGGCAAUGAUGAACCCGCCAUUGCUCAAACCAUCGUCGGUACCGCCUGUAAGCUCCGGCACAGUUUCUCAGGGUUCCGAGCCGGAGAAUCAGGAAUUCGGGGACCUUAGAGGUUUGCAGUGGCGUAUAAAUCUUGGGGUUUUGCCACCAUCAUCAUCAUCAUCUUCUUCAGCUUACAUUGAUGAUCUUCGUCGCGCCACCGCUAAUUCUCGAAGGAGAUAUGCCAGUUUGAGAAGGCGCCUCCUGGCCGAUCCUCAUAUUUCAAAGGAUGGAAGUAGUUCACCUUCACCCAAUCUUGUCAUGGACAACCCACUUUCACAAAAUCCUGAUAGUACAUGGAGUCGCUUUUUUCGCAACGCAGAGCUGGAGAGGAUGGUUGAUCAGGAUCUAUCUCGUUUAUACCCAGAACAUGGCAACUAUUUCCAGACACCAGGAUGCCAAGGCAUAUUGAGACGAAUUUUAUUACUUUGGUGCGUCAAACACCCAGAGUGUGGUUAUAGACAAGGAAUGCAUGAAUUACUUGCCCCGGUGCUUUACGUUCUCCAAGUUGAUAUUGAGCGUCUUUCAGAAGUUCGAAAGACUUAUGAAGAUUACUUCACUGAUAUAUUUGAUGGUCUCUUUUGUCAAGAGAAUGAUCUUUCUUACAGAUUUGAUUUCAGAAAAUCUUCAGAGUUGACGGAGGAUGAAAUUGGCUCCAAUGAAAAUGCAAUGAAAAUCAAGAGUCUUGAUGAUCUUGAUCCUAAGAUACAGGCAAUUGUAUUGCUAAGUGAUGCUUAUGGGGCUGAGGGUGAACUCGGAGUUGUUUUAUCUGAAAAAUUCAUCGAACAUGAUGCUUAUUGUAUGUUUGAUGCUAUAGUGAACGGGGCUCAUGGUUCAGUUGCAAUGGCUGAUUUCUUCUCUUAUUCACCUGUGGCUGGGUCUCAUAGUGGGUUGCCUCCUGUAAUUGAAGCUUCUGUUGCUUUGUAUCAUUUGUUGUCUCAUGUGGAUUCCUCACUGCAUAGCCAUCUUGUUGAUCUCGGGGUUGAGCCCCAGUACUUUGCUCUCCGCUGGUUGCGAGUUUUGUUUGGACGUGAAUUCUCACUUAAUAACCUCUUGAUCGUCUGGGAUGAGAUCUUUUUAUCAGAUAAUAGUAAAGUGGAAAAGCAUGAUGAGGACAAAAAUGAUUCUGGUUUUAGGAUCUUUCAUUCAUCUCGUGGAGCAUUUAUCUCGGCCAUGGCCGUAGCAAUGUUACUUCAUUUAAGAUCUUCGCUACUUGCAACUGAAAAUCCUACAACCUGUCUCCAGAGAUUAUUAAGCUUUCCUGAGAACACUAACAUUCAAAAACUAAUAGAGAAAGCUAAAUCCUUGCAGGCUCUUGCAUUGAGUACUGAAUUUUCAUCCUCGGCACCUUCUUUCUUAGAGUAUCAUAACCCAGGAAAAUCAGUUUUUACUAGAUCUAAUACCCUUCCAUCUGAAUCAGCUUCACCAAAAUCUCCUCUGAAUGGUAGCUACUGGGAAGAGAAGUGGAGAGUUGUCCACAGUACUGAAGAAGUUAAACAAGACGGUCUAGAAAAACAGGUUCCAAAUCGGAAAAAGAGAUGGACAGAGAAGGUAAAGUUCAGUUUGAAAAGAACAGAAUCUGACCCUUCUUCAUCAAGGAAUAAGAGUGAUAAGAAGGAAGCUAAGGAAUCUAUUAGGCGCAGUUUAAUGGAAGAUCUUUCAAAGGAACUUGGUUCAGAGGAAGAUACCGAAAAACAGCACUGUCAUGAAACUUCAUGUCAGCCGGAUAAUCUUUCAGUAGCCAUUGAAGCGGAGCAACAAGAUGAUGGCUCUGAAGGUUGUGGCAAUAGUUGCGGUGCUGAAGAUAGAUGUCUGAGAGGAAACACUAGCAAUGAGGUAAACUUAUCUGGCUCAGCUAGUCCCCAUAAUGAGGCCAACGAUCGUGAAAAUGACUCUCAGAAAAGUAGUGUUGCUUCGAAUUUAUCCCUUGAUGACAUUAAUGAAACUUCACUUUCCCUUGAUUCACCUCUUCCAAUCUCUGAUCAUCCUGAGAACAUAUCUCAGAUGUCAGGCUGCAAUGAUGAUUCCAUAGGAAAUUUGAUCACACACUCCAAGGAGAGAAAACUGAAUAAAUUCCAGUGGCUUUGGAAGUUUGGGCGCAAUAAUGGCGAAUUUAUUACUAAGAAAAGAGGAGGUGCUUCUGAGGCUGAAAAACCUGCCAACAAUUGUAAUGAUCAAAGUAAUAGAGCUCCCUCUUCAGCUGAUGGGAAUUGUAGUUCUAGUAGUUGCAAAGGGGAAUCUGUAGACCAGAAUGUGAUUGACACUUUAAGGAAUCUUGGGCAAUCAAUGCUUGAACAUAUUCAGGUGAUUGAGUCUACUUUCCAACAAGGCCAGGGAGCUUCAAUGGAUAUCAUGUCUAAAAAUGUUGUGGGUGGCAAAGGGCAGGUUGCAGCCAUAUCAGCUCUCAAGGAACUCCGCAAAAUUAGCAAUCUUUUAUCUGAGAUGUGAGGCGAGUCGUACAUUGACUUGUAUAUAAUAUAUAUUUUGUGAUUACAAAUCCUUAGUAUCAAUGAAAUGAAUGUGUUCUGCUUCA